GCCACGUGACCCAGCAGGCGCCCACAUGACCGCCGCCGAACUAUGGCGGCGAAGGCGGCGUAUGUCCUGCUGCUCCUCGGGCUCGCGGCGCGCGGGCCCGCAGGCGCCGCCAAGAUGAAGGUGGUGGAGGAGCCCAACACGUUCGGGAUGAACAACCUGUUCGUGCCCCAGAGCAGCCGUCUGCAGCCCAGGAGGGAGCCGGCGCCCGUGUCUGAUUUAAAAGCUCGUGCACAUAUUUACCAUCGACCAGUCACCUCGUGGCGUCCUGUGCACACAGGCCACCCUAGAAGACAUGCCAGGGGGGCCGUCAGUGACGAGCUCCCAGGGCCCGAGCACCUCUUCCGGCUCGCUGGCAAGUGCUUCAGCCUGGUGGAGUCCAUGUACAAGUACGAGUUCUGCCCGUUCCACAACGUGACCCAGCACGAGCAGACCUUCCGCUGGAACGCCUACAGCGGCAUCCUUGGCAUCUGGCAGGAGUGGGAGAUCACCAACAACACCUUCGCCGGCAUGUGGAUGAAGGACGGCGACUCCUGCCGCUCCCGGAGCCGGCAGAGCAAGGUGGAGCUUACCUGUGGGAAAAGCAACCGACUGGCCCACGUGUCCGAGCCCAGCACGUGCGUCUACUCGCUGACGUUCGAGACCCCCCUCGUCUGCCACCCCCACUCCUUGUUAGUGUACCCUGCGCUGCCGGAGGCCCUGCAGCAGCGGUGGGACCAGGUGGAGCAGGACCUGGCCGAUGAGCUGAUCACCCCCCAGGGCUAUGAGAAGUUGCUGAGGGCGAUCUUCGAGGAUGCCGGCUAUUUAAUGACCCCAGGAGAAAACGGACCCGUGUUGCAGGAGGGGGCGCCCGCAGGCCUGGGGUUCGAGACCCUGGAAACCUGCAGAAAGGCACACGCAGAGCUGUCAAAGGAGGUAAAGAGGCUCAGAAGUCUGCUCGCCCAGCACGGCAUCCGCCACGCAAAGCCCACAGGAACCUCCAGCUCCGAGCACUUGGCCCAUGACACACCCACAGACAGACCCCCGGUGCAGCCGCGAGGUGAUCCAGGACUGCGUGGGAGCUUCUUGUGACCCAGGGCUGUGGGGAGCCUGGGCGGGGGCCGAGAAGCUGCGGCCGCACUGGAAGGCCAGGGCAAGCAUACUACAGCAGAGGCCUCAUCCUCUCAGACCCAUUGGGGACACUCCGGGGACCAGAGGGCCAGUCUCAGUUUGUGCCCAGAGAUGCAGACAAAAUAAAGAUUCAAAGUUUUAAUUCC